AUGUGUCUCCUCUCGACACUCCGUUCCGUCUGCGGGCACACCGUCGACACCCUCGUCGGAUGCGACACCCCCCGGUGCUGCACCCACAAAGAAGCAUCGCUCUACUACACAGAGCUGCGAUGCCUCGACUGCUGGGAGCAGUAUUGGACCCCCCGAAGCGACGGCACCACCACCACCGCCGCCGACGUCGCCGCCGAGCUCGCGGGGAUCGCGUGGGUGCAGGCGACCAUCCAGCUGGACGCGAGGGCGCAGUGGUCGCGGCGGCGCGGGCUGCACCGCCGCGAGCAGGCGUACCUCGCCCGCGUGGAGGCGGCGCGGGACGAGCGGGCGGCCGAGCUCACCGAGGGCGACACGGAGCCGUGGGUCUGCUGGUGGGAGGAGGGGUACCGGGUUUGGGAGACGGUGGGGGAGGAUGUGGUGGUACUGUGCGGCGGCGGCGGUGGUGACGAGGGGAUGGGGUGGGAUGAGGGCGAGGGGGGGGAUUGGUUGUCGGAGGAGGGGGAGGAGGAGAGCGUGUCGUCCGGCUCUGAGGGUGGUGCUGAGGAGAGUGGGGAGGAGGAGCUGGACGGCCGCGUUGAAGUAGGGUUCGAGGAGAUGAUGGCGGAGUGUUUGGGGGAGACGGAGGAAUGGGUGGAGGAGAGCAGGGAGGAGCGCUGCAUGGAGCGCACCUCGGAGGUUUUGGAGGGGUGCUCCGAAGAUUGCCCGGAGACAACGUUCUUCGAGGAGGGCCUCAUGGAGGUCUUGGUGGCGCGCCACUUCGAGCGGAUGCGAGAGGAGCGGCUGCGCGGGCCAUUUUAG